CUGGGAUUCAUCCUUUUUUUCUCCUACUGUAAUCUGUCCUUUAUCACUGCUGACUGUUUUCUCCACUCUCUCCCACUCUCUCAUUCCAUCUAUGUGCUCCAUUUCCUCUCCUCCUCCGUGCUCUCUGCCUGUUUCUUUCUCUUCAGUUGGAGGCUAGAGAGGGUUCCGGGUUGGUCAGCAGAGGGGUCCAGUCAGGUCCCGGCUCUGUGUCGUCACGCAGUGCUCGAGAACAGCACGGUGAGACAUCAACACUCCGCCGGGAGAGGGAAGAGCAGCGGAGGCUCCUGGCAGACACGCACUCGACAGCCAUGGACCUACGCUGUCGCCUGGAGCACAAUGAGAGGGACUGGCUAAGGGAGAAAGCAGAGCUGCUGGAAAGGUUCGAUAUGGAGAGGAGGGAAUGGGAGAGCCAGUUGAAGGAUAUGCAGAAGAAAAUAGAAGAGCUGUACUGUGACGUGAGGACCAAGCCAGGAGUGGGCGGACUAGAUAGUGGGAGGCAGGAGGGCGACGAAGAUGCUGUACACAGACUCAGUGUACGCUCGACCAGCACCGGCUCCAGUCUGCUCAGUGACAACGAGCCGCUUAGUAGCAGCAGUCAGUCACUACAAAUCAGACAUCCACCUUCACCUGGUUUCUGUGGCAAUAGAAACAUCAGUGGCAUCGAUGGUCACCAUUCAACCUGCUUCCAAGAAGACAGCCUCUGUGAUUUUGACGCUGGUGGUCAAUUCACUCAACCUGAGCUGGUGGAUGCGUUAAGAUCAAGAGGCACAUGGCAGCAAGACUCACUCACUGAUAGCAAGGAAGCUGUGGAUACAAUAGAUCUGGAUGCUAUGUUUCAUAAGGCUCUUGGAUGUGGAGUACUACAGAAAAAUGUCUCAAACAUACAAAGUAACGAAGACAAUGUCCACGUUAGUCCUGAAGAAAGUCCUCUCUGGGCAGAGCAGAGUUACAGCACCGACAAGAAAAAGAACACCACUGCUCUCAAUGCUGCUCUGAAAGAGAUCGCCCGUGUGAGUGAGGAGCUUUGCAGCUACCAGGAUGAGAUCAGAAAGAAGAGUGGGGAUAAGAGGAACCGCUCUGAAUCCCUGUGCCUACCUGAGGAGAGCAAGAUAUUUUCUGGCCAUGAUAAAACCCGACCUGAGGUGGAUGAAGCUCCCUGUGACCUCAGCCAGAUUUAUGAUGACCUUCGGGCCCUGGAAAGGGAAAACUGGAUCACUUUGUCACCAGAUAACACCUGGCAGGCCGACAGAGAGCUGAACAAAUCCUGGCGAGCAAAUUCCACUGAUCCAGACGGCUACAGAGAAACACAGACCAGCCCUGGAGGACUCUCUGAGAUUGAUACAGCAGGUCCUCCCAUCCCUCCACGCACCUCCUCCUGGAAUCUGAGCUCCCCAACCAGUCCCGACACAGAACUCCAUAUCCCAGAAUCUCCCAUGACGACAGUGAGGAAGUGCCAUAGCCCCUGUGUUCUAGUGGACAAAAAGUGUAGCAGCCCGUCUAUUGUCAGGAAGUUUGAGGCCAUGCUACAUGAAAAUGAAGGAAAAGUUUUAAAAGACGGUAUUGUAUCAUCCUGCUCUGUACCAACUAACACUGAAUGUAAUAUGGGCUGCUGUCACAACCGCUGGUCCUGUGAUGUAAGCAAGUUCACCAACAGUAAGCUGUCGACAUAUGGGACUGUUCAGAAAAGCUUCUCUGAAGUCAACAUUUUGUCUGCUGGGAAAGAGUCGCGCUCAGAUUACUGCCCUGGUGUUGGGAACUUAAAAAGCCCUGAGCUACAAAUGCCUCAGACUGUCAGAGAAUUACCUUUAGAUUUGCUCUUGUCCUCUCUUGAAAUACCACCUGCCAGCUCCAACCUCCAGGGCUCCAAAAGAAACAUAAUGCUGGAACAAAAAACAGCCGAGUUCAAUAGGACUUUGUUUCAGGCUGAGAUGGGCCGGGGAGUAGGAGAGAAACGAGACAGUUGUACAGGAACAGAUGCCCGCUCUGUGGGUUGCCAACCAGCCUUUCCGCCAUCAGAUGAGAUUUUGCCUUCCAGGGAGACAACAUUUCAGCCACAUUGUACUCAUGGCACCACUAACAUCAUGGGUGUGCAUCCUGAAAUCACAUUGGCCCUCUCCACCUCAAAUUCUACAAUUCAGAGCCCGAAUGUCCAACCAAGGCGAUUAAGAUGUGGUCCUGAAGGUGAAGAGGUCAGAAUAAAGCAAGAAUUCCCUUCUGAACUUUCAUCUGAGCAGCCACAGAUUGGACUCAAGGAGGCAAAAACAACAACCUCUAAGAGUCCUGCACACAAUUCUGAGGUCAAGCACAAAGUUCAAACAGCAAGCAGUCCUUCCAGGAAAACACUACGCAGAGCAGCCACAGAGCCUCUCUUUUCAGAGCCUGUCUUGCCUGCAAAUACCCAGCCAGGUCACAUUGUGGAUGGUCCCAGCUCCAAGAAUGAGAAUCCCCAUGGAGCAAAGCCUCAGCCAGCCAGGGCCAGUGUCUCACUCCAGCAGCCGUCUGCUGAGAACAAGCAAAGACAGAAGACAGAGCCAGGGCACCAGGCACAGCUAAGGCAUGCAUCAGCUCUGCCCUCCCAGUUGGACUCCUCCAGACCUGGGCCUCGAAUGAUGAAUGACCAUCCCUGGAAGGCCCUCACUCUGGCAGCGUACCCACGGCCUGAGGGAUCCAGGUCCAACUAUGGCGCAGUGGAAAGGAUUCUGAAGAAUUAUGAGAGUGCAUCGCGGGCUCAACAAAACCAGAGCGAACCGACCGAGAUCCCCUCAAGUCCGAAUGUCAGUGCCAGGCAGGAGGAGAACAUCAUGGAACUGGACAUGCUGGACAUGGACCCUCUACCCUUACCUCCCACUCUGAGACACACGCAGACUUCACACACAUCACAGACGCACAUCACACAGCUCAGCAGCCACAGUGCCAUGGGUGUGAAAGAGGUACAUCUCACAGUGCAGGAGAACAAAGACACCUCCUCCUCUGUUCAGAAGAACUUCUCGAGACCUGCCCGUCCUGCCAACAGACGCCUCCCGUCUCGAUGGGCCAGCCGCUCCCCCACUACUUCCUCCUCCUCCACCUCUCCUUCUCCCUCUACUACCCCUGUUGUGCCUCAAUCCUUCCCCCUUCAGAAACACACUUCCUCUUUUACCUACUCACAUGCCUUUCACAUAGAGACCGUCAUUAUUUGAUCACCGUAUGAUUGAACCAACGAGGAGCCUUCAGUGAUAACCUGUGAACACUGAACGCUCCUUUUCAUUGCUGUUGUACAUACCAAACCCAGACUGCUCCUCCACUCCUCCACACAGACUCAGAAGUGCUUUAGUCGUGAGUUCACCAACUCAUCUUUAGAAUGUAUGUGGUAUCUAGUGGAGCCUAACUGACCAAGAAAGGCAAGAAAAGGAUCUGAAGCAUCGCCGCUCAUUCAGCAGUAUGCUCCAAUUAACCUGCCAGGCAUCAUGCAUCAGAGGACAGUGAAAGCAUCACAUCCAACAUUCAUUCAUGCCACCCAUCUGAAUGGAUGUCCUAUGCUCAGGUCUGGAUUCUAGCCUCGACUAGUGUAGCCUUGCAGAUGUACCAACAACAGAGCCUCCACUACUCUCUCUGUUCUAUAUACUGUAUUUACACCUUAAAAGUGAUGCUUGCUCAUAUUCAAAUGAUGCAAAAACUUACAGCCAAAUGAAAUCCAGAAUGAUGUUAAUAUGUACUGUAUUUUGUAUUUAGAGUGCAACAUGUUUUGUGUACUUUUCUUGCACAAAAUAUGAUGUUACAUACACAACAUGCAGCAUCAUAGUGGGUUCAGAGUGGAGCAUAGACUUCACUCUGCUGAAUACAGCAGUGUUGGUUUCUGCCUUCUUGAGUAUUACCUAAAGUACAUGCCUGGACUGUACCUUGCCUGUGACUAAAACAUUUCGCUUUACAUUUAUCACUGGCUUUACAUUUUUCAUGAUUACAGUAACGCAAAAAUGUGAAUGUGAGUUCCUUUUUUUAUAACUUUGUACCAAAGGCUGGUUUCUUUAUAUGCAUUUUUCCUGUUUUAUUUUAGCUGUCCACCCAAGCUGUUUUCCGAUCAAAACGUAUGUUAAUGUCAUUCAUGAGAGCCUGCUUUUGUGCAUAACAUAAAAAACGAUGCUUGUGAAAAAAAAAAAAAGAUCAAAAAGCCUUUUUUCUACUUUUACUAAUUCUGAAUGGUCACAUAUCAGGACAUUGCUCAGCUGAGUAGGACAGUUUUUUGGGUCAAAGUGGUGAAUCAUAUCAUGAUGAAGGUAAUGCCUUUGCUGUUCUUUUUGUGUAAUAAACAUAAGGACAUAA